AGAGCCAGAGAGAGAGACCGCCCUUAAAGCUCACUGCUGUCUGCAGAAGACACGUCCACCAAGACGCCACUUAGUCGUUUUUGGGGCUCUGCAGAAUCAAGCCGACCGUGAAGUGCGGAAUCUCAUCAUGAUUUAAUCCACGCAUGUGCUGCCAUUAACGCGGCGCUUAUGCGAGCUAACUCUUGGCGAAGGCAAAGGGGAGAAAAACAGAGAAGGGCGGGGUGAGGAGAGGAGAGCGAGCUCAAGUCAAAAGCGGAGGUCCAACGUGUCGUGCGUGCCAUGCCAUCCGCGGAGGAUGAGGCAGAGGCGGCCGUGAGCGGAGGCACAGCGGGGACGGCCAGCAGCAGCAGCUCGCCGCCGCUGCCAGGCCAAGCCCCCGCAGGAGAGCGCGCGGUGAGCGCCUUGUGGUCCUUCGCCAAAUGCUUAGGCGCGCUCCUGCCCGUCUACCUGGCAGGAUAUUAUGGCUUCAGCAUCUCCCUGGUCCUGCUCGGGGUCAUGGUCUAUAUGGGCUGGAAGCAUAGUCGACAGGAUAAAGCGAGGAGGCUCAACGCGGCCAUGUAUCUCCUGGAAAACGAGGUGCAAUUCACCACGGAGAAGAUCUUCCGAAUCAAGCGGGAUCUGCCUCCCUGGGUGACCUUCCCAGAUGUGGAAAAAGCAGAGUGGUUAAAUAAGAUGCUGCAGCAAGCGUGGCCCUUCAUAGGUCACUUUGUGGAAAAGUUACUUCUGGAGACCAUCGCUCCAACCAUCCGAGCUUCCAGCAUUCAUCUGCAAACCUUGAGCUUCACCAAAGUCAACCUCGGAGACAAGGCUUUAAAAGUGGUUGGCGUCAAAGCUCACACAGAGCACGACAGGAGACAAGUCAUGUUGGAUUUGUACCUCAGCUACGCCGGCGACGCCGAAAUCAACGUGGAAAUCAAAAAGUACUUCUGCAAAGCUGGGGUCAAAGGAAUUCAGCUCCAAGGCAAACUGCGCGUCAUCCUCGAGCCUCUGAUUGGAGACGUUCCGCUGGUUGGAGCCAUCACCAUGUUCUUCAUCCGCCGACCUAAACUGGACAUCAACUGGACGGGACUGACCAACCUGUUGGAUAUCCCUGGACUCAACGCCAUGUCGGACACCAUGAUAAUGGAUGCCAUCGCCUCCCAACUGGUCCUCCCCAACCGCCUCACCAUUCCCCUGGUGGCUGACCUGCAGGUGGCGCAGCUGCGCUCCCCUCUGCCAAGGGGAGUCGUGCGCAUCCACCUGCUGGAGGCCGAAGAUCUGACCGCUAAGGACACCGUCAUCAAGGGCCUGAUCGACGGCAAGUCGGACCCAUACGCUGUGCUUCGUGUGGGAACGCAGAUCUUCACCUCACGUCACGUGGACAGCAACCUGAAUCCACAGUGGAGGGAAAUGUAUGAGGUGAUUGUCCACGAAGUACCUGGUCAAGAGUUGGAAGUGGAAGUGUUUGACAAGGACCCAGACCAGGAUGACUUCCUGGGCAGAGUCAAGGUGGAUCUGGCUAUUGUGAAACAAGCCCGAGUUGUGGAUGAUUGGUUCAAUUUGAGGGACGUCCCAUCCGGCAGUGUUCACCUCCGACUGGAGUGGCUCUCUCUGCUCUCGUCUGCCGACAGAUUGACUGAGGUGAUCCAGAGAAACCAGAACCUGACCAGCAAAACCACAGAUCCACCAUCUGCUGCCAUCUUGGCCGUCUAUCUCGAUCAAGCUCAGGAUCUGCCUAUGAGAAAGGGAAAUAAGGACCCGAGCCCAAUGGUGCAAAUUUCCAUUCAGGAUACGACGAAAGAGAGCAAGACUUGCUACGGUUGCAGCCACCCCGUGUGGGAGGACGCGUUCACCUUCUUCAUUCAGGAUCCUCGCAAACAAGAUAUCGACAUUCAAGUGAAGGACGAUGACCGAGCUCUCUCCCUGGGCAGUCUGAGCAUCCCUCUGGCCCGCCUCCUGACCUCCCCUGAGCUCACCAUGGACCAGUGGUUCCAGUUGGACAGUUCCACUUCUGCCGGCCGCAUCUACAUCAAGAUUGUUCUACGGGUUUUGUGGCUAAGCGAUGACGCCACACCCACCACGCCGUCGACCCGCCCGUUAGCUCCCGGUUCAGGACCAGGUCACGGCGGGAUCACAGCAGAACUAAACCCGAUGGGGCCUGGCGGCUUAGCCAAACCUCCGCCGUCACGCCCGCAGCACACCACGCCCGACCCGGAGUUUGCAACUGAGGGGGUGCUUCGGAUCCACCUGCUGGAGGCCCAAAACCUGAUAGCCAAGGACAACUUCAUGGGGGGCAUGGUGAAAGGCAAGAGUGACCCCUAUGUCAAGAUCCGAGUAGCUGGGAUGACCUUCCGCAGUCACACCAUCAAAGAGAACCUCAAUCCAGUCUGGAAUGAACUCUAUGAGGUGAUUCUUACUCAGCUCCCUGGCCAAGAGAUCCAAUUUGACUUAUUUGACAAGGACAUUGAUCAAGAUGACUUCCUGGGAAGGUUCAAAGUGAAUUUACGAGAUAUCAUCAGUGCACAGUUCAUCAAUACGUGGUACACGUUAAACGACGUCAAGUCCGGUCGAGUUCACCUGCUCCUCGAAUGGCUGCCCAGGGUGUCUGACCUACUCAAACUGGAGCAGAUUCUGCAGUACCAAUCGCAGCAGUUAUUCCAGAACAAAGUUGUACUGUCAGCAGCCGUGCUCUUUGUGUAUGUGGAGCGAGCUCAUGGCCUGGCCUUGAAGAAAAGUGGGAAGGAGCCAAAAGUUGGAGCUGAGGUGAUUCUCAAGAAUGUAUCCCACAAAACCAAGGUCUGCGAGCGGUCCACAUCACCCCGAUGGGAUGAAGCCUUCCACUUCUUGAUUCGAGAUCCCAGAGAGGAAACGCUCACGGUGAAGCUGUCUCACAGUUGGGGCCAGGCUCUUGGCUCCACCACGCUCGCGCUGAGGGAGGUGAUGGCCGAGCCCAACUUGGUUCUGGACCGCUGGCUAGCUUUGGACGGAGCUCUGCCGGAGAGCCAGAUCCUGCUGAGGGCGACGCUCAAGAUCUUGGACACGCAGUUGGCGACGCUGUGCCGCAGAGCCCCGGGGGACUUGGACAGCAUGGGCGAAGUGGUCAUUCCCAGAUGGGAUCCUUCCCAUCUGGACCUCAGACACCGGGCAGGGUUCGCCAUGGGCAGCGAUGGCUCAACGUCUUCAAGCCAGGUGAAGCUCAGCCUCGGAUACGGCACGGAGGAGAACCGGCUUUUCAUCACCGUCCACGCGUGCAGAGCCCUGACGGCUUGCUCCAAAGACGGCGCCGACUCUUAUGUGACGUUCAUGCUGCUGCCGGACAAGAAAGGCACCACCAAGAGGAGAACCGCCACCAAGAAGAGGGACCUCAACCCGGAAUUUAACGAGAGGUUUGACUUUGAGCUCUCAUUGGAGGAGUCAUCGCAGAAGAAGCUGGACCUAUCGGUGAAGAACAGCGUCUCCUUCAUGAGCCGAGAAAGGGAGCUUCUCGGUAAACUGCAGCUGGACCUAGACCAGAUUGACCUGAAGAGCGGAGUCACACAAUGGUACGAUUUGCUACCAGAGUCAAGCUAGGAGAAUCCCCGACUGAUCUUCUCUACGUUUUCACAUUUGUUGUCGCUUGCCUGCUCUGUGAGUUGUGCGCGUGUAUUCAGCGUUCACGGCAUUUUCCAUCUUUGCUGAAGAUGAGGAAGACAAAAAAAAAAGCUCCAUAAAACAGCAAUCCAUCAGUAUUUAUGAGGGGGGGAGGGGGGAGCCAGCUUGUCAUCCAAAAUUUUAGCAGUGCUGUCGCAGACUCGUUCUUCUUUGGCUGAAUGGAUCUUUCAUAAUGCAACCAUGUUGCGCAAAUGACCACUUUGUAUAGCACAUAAAAGAAGAAAGAAAUGAUAAUAUAUACAAAUAUAUAUAAAAGUCCUUUUCGAAUUGAAGGGCUCGAUAUCGCAAGGUACGUACGUUGUACACAUUUGUAGCCUCCGACCUGACGGAAAAAUAAUUUUCUUUUUUUGUUUGUGUGUUUCUAUUGUCGCCUUAAUAAGUAUUCUACGACUUUAAAAGGUUUCAAAAUUAUGUUCCAAAUGGAGUUUUCUAUACUUUGUGUUGCUUUUUCUAAACGGAAGUAUUACCAAAUGAGAGCGACCCUCUGACAACUGAGCUGAGAAAACUGCAAGCAGUCUCCAUCACUGUGCUUUUAUCAAGAGAAAACUUUGACGCUACACAAAUCUCAUGGCAUGCACGCUCGCUUUCUCGCAUUUGUCGUGUUAGAUGCAACAAGUUAGCGGCGCAAAAGUAAGAAAUUAGAAAGUAGUAGUGGCACUUUAUCACUGUGACGCUUGCUCGCUCAUGUGUUACCAAAACAUCUAAAUGUUGAUACUGACAAAUGUGUUGUUGUUUUUUUUUAGUUAAACUUAAUAUAUAUGAUAUUAUAUGAGCUUUGAAAUUGCGGAAUAAAGUUUGCAUUCCCUUGA